AUGACCACAAAGACAGAGGACGAUGUUUGUCAAUCAGAUGAUGACUUUGAUGAAGAUGAGGCAACACAGUAUAUAAUUGAACAAAGUCUGGUUCAGUAUAGGAAACUCAAAGGAUUGAAUCCGAGGGAUCUGAAACCCAGUAAGGAUCCUGAUGGGAUUUUCAAAGCGAUCAAGGAGGGUGAUGAAGAUGCACUGAACAGACUGGCAGAGCAGCCAGAGACUCUGUCCAGAGUGGAUGAGCGAGGAUGGAUCCCUCUGCAUGAGGCUGCAGUGCAGCUCAAUAAAAGGAUACUAGAGAUUAUUUUCUCAGCCUCAGCCCCGGGGGCUGCCCAAUGUCGCUCUCUGAAGGGUGAGACGCCGCUGUUUCUAGCCGUGGUCCAUGGAAUCAGAGAGAACGCCACAUUCCUGCUGCAGAACGGCUGUAGCCCGGAUCUGCAGAACGACGAUCAGGAUUCUCCUCUCGUUGCAGCUAUCCUUAAUGACCAGUACGACCUGGCCACUCUGCUGCUCCGCUACAGAGCCACAGUGGACCAGACAGGACCGCUCAACAGGACCGCUCUACAUGAAUGUGCUUUUUUAGGCCUGGAGAACUUUGUCUACCUGCUCCUGGAGUCCGGUGCCGACCCAAACGCAUACGACGUCAGAAAGAAGACGCCGCUGGCUCUGGCUGCACAGAAUGGACAUUUGAACGUGGUGGAGGGCCUGUUACAGAAAGGAGCCCAUGUGUGGAGUGAAUCUGACUCGGGAACUAUUUUAUUUGUUGCAGCGUCGUCAGGAAACCCCGACGUCAUCUCCUUACUGCUGGACAACGGAGCCGAUCCCAACCGACCUCUUUACAGCGGCCACCUGCCAAUUCACCGCGUGGCCUACCACGGACACCGCCUGGCACUGGAGCACCUCAUCCCAGUGACUACACUGGACGCUGUGAGGGAAAGCGGGAUGAGUCCUCUCCACUCGGCCGCUGCCGGGGGUUAUCCCCAUUGCGUGGAGAUUCUGCUCAAAGCUGCAUACGACCCAAACUUCAUGCUGCACUCGAGGGUGCGAAGCAACUACGAGGACGAUCGUAGGUCGGCCCUCUUCUUCGCGGUGUCCAACAAUGACCUUCAGUGCACCCGCCUGCUGCUAGAGGCCGGGGCCAUGGUGAACCAGGACCCUAUCCACUGUUUGCAGGUGGCUCUGAGACAGGGCAACUAUGAGCUGAUCAACACGCUGCUGAAGUUUGGGGCCAAUGUGAACUACUACUCCCGCAUCAACACCACUCACUUCCCCUCGGCUCUGCAGUACGCCCUGAAAGACGAGGUCAUGCUGAGAAUGAUCCUGAACCAUGGGUAUGAUGUCAAACGCUGCUUUGACUGUCCCUAUGGAGACAGCUCCCACGACUACGCCCCCUGGACGACUUCCGUCAUCAAAGACAUGGUGUUCUGUGAGGUGAUAACCGUGUCGUGGCUGAAGCACCUUUCUGCUCAGGUGGUGCGCAUCAUGCUCGACUACACCGACCACGUGACCUUCUGCACCAAACUGAAGGACACGUUGGAGGAGCAGAAACAGUGGCCGGAGAUCUGCCACCUUCAAAAAAACACUCGGAGCCUGAAGCACCUGUGUCGGCUGCGGAUAAGGGAGCAUCUCAACCGCUUGCGUCUGAGAGAACCGGCCUUCAUCAACUACCUUCCUCUUCCUCCCAGUCUGAAAGAUUACGUCCGCUACAAGGAGUUUGAUGUGUACAGCAGGGGCAGCAUGGGGAAUCCCAUGUGA